AUGGACUCUCAACCGCUGACCUACCAGGACCUCUCGCCCAGAGACGAGCACGACGAGUCAUCGUCCGCGACUGAAGUCGAGUCGGUGUUGCUGAAUGAGAAGGACCGCGAAUGGCCUGAUGUGCUCCUAGACCCGCCUGCCAGCCCACGAUCAGCAUCAUCUCUGUCGGCACGGUGGCGGAGACACCGCUGGAUCAUCAAUACCGGGUUGAUCUUGUUUAAUGUCGUCUUGUCCAUGGUGUUACUGUGGAAAGUCGCAGGGGCACCCUCAGCAUCAUUACGACAGGUCGGCGGGGACCUCAUUGCUGACCGUCCACCAAAUUUCGCAACGAAGGUGAUCAAGUGGGAGUCCGAUCCCUCAUUUGUUCCCAAUAACACCGCAGAGUUCUUUGAACAGCAAACGGUCGACAAGUGGCAGUCCCUCCUGCCAGGGAACGCACAUCGCGGCGAUGGCGAGACAUUCUCGACAACGUCCAUGACGCAUCAGCUCCACUGUCUGUUUAUGAUGGGUCGCGUCUACGCCGGCGUGACGGAAAGCAGGACCGCGGAGCUGCCGGCAGACUAUCAUGCUCACUUUCUACACUGCAUAGACUACAUACGACAGGGCAUCAUGUGUUCCGGGGAUGUCGCUUUGGAGCCGCACACCCCAGAAGACGCCGAUGAUUUGGGGGCAAAGGACGGGGGGUGGAAUGGACUUCAUGUCUGCAAGGACUAUGGACAGGUUUUGGAGUACCUGGAUGAGCAAAUACAAGAAGGUGGACGAACGGUGCUGCCCAUUGAUGAUUGA